GAUAAUCGUUGGAAAGGAACCACGUAGGCAUGAGAUUAUUGACCAUACUUACUGGAUAGAAUAGAUAGGUAAAUAAAGUGAACAUCUGGACAAAAUUAGUGGAAGACCGCCGCAUACUCGUAGGGAGAGAAUAAAUUUACCCUCAUGUCUAUUGUAAUGCUAGUUUUUUUUGGUGUGAUCUUCUUUCAACUCACGACUGGUACACAAGUUAUCGGAGGUGGAUAUAACACAGAAUCUGACGUAGAAGCGGAAACAGCUCUACGGUUGGUGAGGUUAGCCUUCGCCUCAUCAUCCAAGCGCAGUGGCCGCAACGUCCUCGACGAGAAGCUAGAUCUCAACCUUGCUCCAGAGAUUCAAAAAGUGAAGUCGUCACUAUCGAGCUCUAGGAAGAGGACGAGAAGAGACCCGACUCACAGAAACAGGAAUGAUGCUUUUAACUGCCACUUACUUUCUAUGAUGCUCGGAGAAUUGAGUCCGUUCCUCAACUUGACCCAAUUCGUCGGACUGGCCCGCCAAUUAGAGAGCUAUCCUUCAUUGCCAGAUAACCAGCCCAGCGUUGACGACUGCCCAUCCGGCUACGGGUCUUGGUGGCCGAGGAGUGAGAUGAACCUUAGGUCAACAUGCCCUUGGGUGUACGAAGAGAUAGAUCUAGGACCUACCAUGUAUCCAAGAAAAAUUCAGCAGGCUGUGUGCAUCUGUGAGACGUGUAUCGCCGCGGACUCCAUGAAUUGUGAAGAAAUCCGUCAGAACAUGACCGUGUUCAGCAUUAGAGGAUGUCCUGAUGGGGUGGCCAUCUAUAACAAACUGGAUCUGUCCAUCGUCGUGGGCUGCCACUGCGCCAACGCCGCCAUCAGCCAGGUGCGAAUCACCGAAGCCUAGUGGACGAGAGCCCCAGAAGAAGAGGGGAAGCGUCAGGAGAAGUCAGGGAUACGUCUGAUACACAGACUUCUUCCUUGUCGUUGACGACCAGGACCUCUUCUAUUUUAUGUUCAAACUCUCUUAUCUUAUCUUACAGAACCACUCGACAGUUAAGACCAAGGAAGGCUGUUCUUCCGACCUUCUAUUUCUCUAUUCUUUUGGUUAGCAUGUCUUAUUAUUAGCCCAUUUCUAUCUCUAUUUAAGACAGCUCUUUGCGUCCAGUAAUAAACUACAUAAUGCGGUUCA